CUGAAGCGCCAUAGAAGAAGCGAGCGACUCUCCCUUCUCUUUUCUACUCUUCCUUCAUCAUUCCCUUUCCCCCCUUUUCCAUAGCUCUGUUCCCCCCCUUGAUCAACCAACCAUGUCCGACUUUCCCACCACUGAGAAUGGCAAGCUCUCGCUCAAGGGCAGGGUCGCCAUCAUCACUGGUGCCGGCAAUGGUCUGGGCAAGGCCUACGCGGUGAGCCUGGCCAAGCGAGGCGCAAAGGUCGUCAUCAACGACCUGGGUCCCUCUACGCAGGACAAGAACCGAAAGGCGGCCGAGGUCGUUGUCGAGGAAAUCACAAAGGCAGGUGGAGAAGCCAUUGCGAAUCUCGACUCGAACCUCGAGGGCGACAAGAUUGUCAAGCAGGCCAUGGACAAGUGGGGCCGUGUCGACAUUCUUAUCAACAAUGCCGGUAUCCUCCGUGACAAGUCGUUCAAGUCCAUGUCUGACGCCGAGUGGGACGCCAUCACGGCUGUCCACAUCACGGGCUCCUACAAGUGUGCGCACGCUGCCUGGCCGAUCAUGCGAAAGCAAAAGUUUGGCCGCAUCAUCAACAUCUCGUCGGCAGCAGGCAUCUACGGCAACUUCGGUCAGGCAAAUUACAGCGCAGCAAAGAUGUCUAUGAUCUCCUUUACAAAGACGCUGGCUAUCGAGGGUGCAAAGUACGGCAUCCUGGCAAACUGCAUUGCGCCCAUUGCCGCUUCGCAGAUGCUUGCCUCGAUUAUGCCCCCAGAGAUUCUCGAGCAGCUCAAGCCCGAGUUUGUCGCUCCCCUCGCCACCUUCCUCGUUUCGGCAGGCAACGAAGACAUCUCUGGCCAGGUCUUUGAGUCGGGUGCUGGCUUCAUGGCCGCGCUCCGCCGUCAACGAUCGCACGGCGUUGUCUUCAAGACUGAUGACACAUUCACGCCCGCUGCUGUCCGAGAGCGGAUCGAUGAGAUCAACGACUUUGACGAGAACCCAGAGUACCCCGAGAAGAUCACCGACGCAAACCACAUGGAGUUCCUCGAGCGCGCAAAGGAGGCCAAGCCCAACCCUCAGGGCGAUGGCCCCAUCAAGUUCGACGGCCAGACUGUCCUCAUCACGGGUGCCGGUGCCGGUCUUGGCCGCGCCUACGCCCUCAUGUUCGGCAAGCUGGGCGCCAACGUUGUCGUCAACGACUUCUCAGAGAAGAACGCCAACGCCGUCGUCGACGAGGUCAAGAAGGCCGGAGGCAAGGCUGCCCCCGCCAUUGGCAGCGUCGAGGAGGGUGAUAAGAUUGUCCAGGCCGCUGUCGAUGCCUUUGGCGGCCUCCACGUCAUCAUCAACAACGCCGGCAUCCUCCGCGACAAGUCCUUUGCCGGCGUCGACGACAAGGACUGGCAGUCCGUGGUCAACAUCCACCUCCGCGGCACCUACAAGAUCUGCAAGGCCGCCUGGCCCAUCUUCCUCAAGCAGAAGUACGGCAGGAUCGUCAACACGACGUCGGCCGUGGGCAUCUACGGAAACUUCGGCCAGGCCAACUACUCUACCGCAAAGGGUGGUAUCCUCGGUCUCACCCAGACGCUGGCCAUCGAGGGUCAGAAGAACAACAUUCUCUGCAACACCAUUGCCCCCAACGCCGGCACGGCCAUGACUUCGACGAUCUGGCCCCAGGAGAUGGUCGAUGCCUUCAAGCCCGACUUUAUCGCUCCCGCCGUCGGCUACCUGGCCAGCGAGGCCAACACGGAGCACACCAAGCUGCUCUGGGAGGUUUCCGGUGGCUGGAUCGCCGCUGUGCGCUGGCAGAGGACUGGUGGCCACGCAUUUAGCCACUCCAAGGAGCUCAACCCCGAGCAGAUCCAGAAGAAGAUGGGCAAGAUCCUCGACUUCAACCCCGACACGUCUGCCUUCCCUGCCAACAACCAGGAGGCCAUGUCGGACAUCAUGUCCAACAUUGGCUCGAGCGGCGGUGAGGACGACGACGAUGAGGGUGGCGAAGGCGGCGAGGACUUCUCGGACCCCGAGGACCCCGACUCGGUCAAGGAGGCCAAGAAGCACACUUCGGACCCCACCGAGUACACGUACGCUGAGCGAGACGUGAUUCUCUACAACCUCGGCAUCGGUGCCAAGGCCACCGACCUCAACUACGUCUACGAGGGCGCAGACGAGUUCCAGGUGAUCCCCACCUUUGGUGUCGUGCCCAUGUUCGAUGCCAUGAGCACCUUCCCCCUCGACUUCCUGCCCGACUUUAACCCCACGAAGCUGCUCCACGGCGAGCAGAGCCUCAAGAUUGCCAAGCUGCCCAUCCCAACGAGCGGCACGCUGACUUCUACGGCCAAGCUCGUCGAGGCUCUCGACAAGGGCAAGGCCGCAAGUGUGGUGCUGCGCGUCGAGACCAAGGACAGCAAGGGCGACGUCGUCUUCAUCAACGAGUCGACGCUCUUCAUCCGAGGCUCGGGCAACUUUGGCGGCAAGAAGUCGUCGUCGCGCCAGGGAGAGUCUACCGCGCCAAACAAGCCCCCGAGCCGCAACCCAGACGCGGUCCUCGAGGACACGACAUCGCCCGACCAGGCUGCCCUGUACCGACUGUCGGGUGACUACAACCCACUGCACGUUGACCCUGCAUUUGCCCAGAUGGGCGGCUUCGACAAGCCCAUCCUCCACGGCCUCUGCAGCUACGGCGUCAGUGGCCGACUUCUCGCGAACAAGUUUGGUCCCUUCAACAACAUCAAGGCUCGCUUCGCAGGCACCGUUCUGCCCGGUGAGAAGAUCACUGUCAAGGCAUGGAAGGUCGAGGACAAGAAGGUCAUCUUCGAGUCGUACGUCGGCGACCGCCUCGUCCUGAGCGCGGCUGCCAUUACCCUUGCCUAGAGCUGCUCUCGCCUGGCCCCGAAAGUAGUAGUAGCGUAGUGUCAUCUGUUUCUCUUUGUGUGCCUCGGGAAUCGUAAAUUGAUUUGGAUCUAUCA